GUUUUUAUUGCAGUCAUUUUGCAAAGUGACGCGCCGUGUGACGCUGUUUUACGUGGAAAGAACGAUCCUAAACGAAUGACCCAACAACUCUGUGAAAAGAACAGAAAAUAAGGCAACGCGAACGGCUAGGAAUAUAUUUGUGUGUGAAAAGAACGAUUAACAAUCGAGAUAGUAAUCGAUCGAAGCCUGUAUUGCUGGUAAACAACUAGGAUUUGCGCCAGAAACAUGGAUCAAAUCGAGCAAGAUCAUACGGCGAAUGGAAACGUUUCGGAUACAGAAGGCUCUCAGACGAAUGUUAGCCAAGAGCAAUUCACAGCCGUGCAAGAUACAAGUCAAGGAAACACUAGUUUAAUACAAGCAACUGUCGUACAAUCCCCCCAACAGUUUUCACAAACAGCCGUAUCUGUAAUUCAACCUGCUCAAGCCUCAGUCAUUCAAACUGCUACUUCAUCAGCCCAGCAAAUCCAACAACUACCACAAGCGAUACAAUUCCAAGGUGUCAUCGAUCAAGACGACGAUUUAGAUGAAGAAGGGAAAAAACGCCGCGAUAUUUUGUCGAGAAGACCUUCGUACAGAAAAAUAUAUGAUGAUCUUUCUGAUGGAUCGAUAAAAGUUGAGGAUGAAAAUGGUCAUGUCAUGGCAAGAGUAGCAACUAUUCCUGCCAAUGCGAUCAAUGAUCAAACAUCGACACAAACAGUCACAAUACCCCAAGGAAUCCAGAUUACAACACAAGGUGGUGCUUUUUCUGGUGCAUCGCUUCAAACUGUCCCAAUUUCUGGACAAUCUGCAACCAUUGUCCAGUAUCCUGCUGGUCAAAAUGGUCAAGAAGGACAGUUUAUUUAUGCUGCUGCCCCAGGAGACGUUGAGGGUGUCAAUAAUGGUGCAACAGUCUAUGCCAUCCCGGCGAGCCAAGGGUACGCCGUACGUGGACAGUUAUCUCCCGCUAAUGCUGUUGUACUCAGUACUGGAUCGGCUCUACAGUCACCGUCUAUUGGCGGCGAGGAUGCUACUAGAAAACGCGAAAUGAGACUCCUUAAGAAUAGGGAGGCAGCGAAAGAGUGUCGAAGGAAGAAAAAGGAAUACGUGAAGUGUUUGGAGAACAGAGUCGCUGUGUUGGAGAACCAAAAUAAAACAUUGAUUGAGGAACUGAAGGCUUUAAAGGAUCUUUAUUGUCAUAAAGCAGAUUGAUUUUAUUAGAUUCCAGAGUACAUGUAACGCUAACAAACGAAAAAGUAUAUUCUUGUAAAUAGUGAAAUGUAAUUUAUAAAGACAAUUCUUAGCUCAAGUGCAUGCCCUAUGAAUAAGUCAUUCACCCCUAUUCGCCAGAUAAGAAUGUUUUUUCAUGUCGAUAAUUUUUAACCAUACAAUUUACAAAUCUUAUACAGAGAGUGAAUAGUGUACUGAAUGAAUGGUUCUUUUAAAUAUAGUGUAGAGAAUAAAAAAUA